GAGAUAGUGUUCCGGGAUCUGUGCCUGGCUUGUGUGGAAAGCACCUGCCGCCCACGUGGCCUCACCCAACCAGAGGGGAUUUCCGGCGACUCUCCAGCCGGCCUUUCAAGGAAAAUGAAAGUGAAAGGGAGAAGUGGAGGUUUCAGAGCUGAGCGGAUCGCUGCGCCAUGAAGCCCCUGUCUCUGCUCCUCUCCGUGGCUUUGGGCUUGGUGACCGCCGUCUCGGCGGGACCCGCGGUGAUAGAGUGCUGGAUGGUGGAGGACGCGGGCGGGGGCCGCCUGACCAAGAAACCCGCCGCACUGCUGCUGCGCCAGGGCCCAGGGAGACUACCUCCCCGGCCGGACCUCGAACCCGAGCUCUACCUCAAAGUGCGCGACCCCGCGGGAGCCCUGCAGGCUGCCUUCAGGCGGUACCCCUCGGACGCCCCUGCGCCACACUGCGAGAUGAGCCGCUACCUCCCGCUCCCUGCCUCAGCGAAUUGGGCCAGUGGCUUGACCCCGGAGCAGAGCUGCCCUCGGGCCCUGGAUGGGACUUGGCUCAUGGUCAGCGUGUCCAGCCCAAUCUUAAGUCUCUCCAGCUUCCUGAGACCAGAGUCCGAGCCUCAGCCGGAACCUAAUCUCAUCACCAUGGUAACAGCUGUGCUGACUGUCCUCACCCACACCCCCACCCCUCGGAUCCGACUGGGACAAGAUGCUCUGCUGGACUUGAAGUUUGCCUACAUGCCCCCCACCUCUGAGGCCGCUACAUCUCUGGCCCCAGGUCCCCCUCCCUUUGGGCUGGAGUGGCGACGCCAGCACCUGGGCAAAGGGCACCUACUCCUGGCUGCAACGCCUGGGCUGAGUGAGCAAAUGCCACCUGCCCAAGAGGGGGCAGUGGCAUUUGCUGCUUGGGAUGAUGAUGAGCCGUGGGGUCCGUGGACUGGAAAUGGGACCCUCUGGCUGCCUGCAAUGCAGCCCUUCCAGGAGGGCACCUAUCUGGCCACUGUACACCUGCCAUACCUGCAAGGGCAGGUCGCUCUGGAGCUUGCUGUACAGAAGCCACCCAAAGUAUCCCUGACACCGGCACCUCUUGUAUGGGCUACCCGGGGGGAGGCACCUCCCCAGUUGCAAUGCCUCGUGUCCCACUUCUAUCCCUCUGAGGGUCUGGAAGUGGAGUGGGAGCUCCGAGGUGGCCCAGAGGGCAGCUUUCAGAAGGCUGAGGGGCAGAAGUGGCUCUCUGCCUUGCUCCACCACUCAGACGGCACCGUCAGCCUCUCCGCGCACCUGCAGCCGGUCCCCAUAACUGCCGAGCAUCAUGGGGCACGCUAUGCCUGUCGUGUCCACCACCCCACCCUGCCGGCCUUGGGGCGCAGCGCAGAGGUCACCCUGGAGGUGGCAGGUCUGUCUGGGCCCACCCUGGAGGAUGGUGUGGGCCUCUUCCUGUCUGCCUUUCUCCUCCUCGGGCUCAUCAAAGCACUGGGCUGGGCUGCUGCCUACAUGUGUACUUCGAAGGAUUCAAAGGAGAAGAAAGCCCAGUGAGAACACUCACCACCAUCCUGGGGAAGCCGCCGUCAUCUGUGGUUUAAGCUACUGUACUAGCUCCACCAAAUAGUACACCAUCAUCUGCUCAUGCUCCCUCCAACCUCUCUCUCUCCAAGGAGCGGCUGGAAUGCUUUUUUUAAAGGACACGAAUCUAUAGCAUUUCCCUUCUUAGAGCUCUAAGGCAGGGGUUCUCGAUUUUUGUUGUUGUUUUUCAUCCCCGGACCACUUAAAAACGGUCAGGAACUCUAAAGAACCUUUGCUUAUGUGGGUUAUAAACUAGAUAUUAAUGAUACUAGAACUUAAAACUGAGAAAAAUUUAACACAAGAACACAUAAGCACGCAUUCCAUUAGCUGUGAGGACGAUGAGGUCAAUACUCAGCUGCUGGAAAACUCCACAGUACAUUGUUUUUAGAGAAUGAGAAUGAAAAAGGCAAGUAACAUCUUAGUAUUGUUAUGAAUAGCCUUAAUUUCAUAAACCCACUGAAACAGUCUCCAGGACCACUGGGACAGGCGUCACAUUGGGGAACCAGUGCUCUAGAAGCUAAAUCCGUUCUUGUCCUGGCCUGUGCAUCUCCCACGUUGGAGCCACUGCUUGCCUCUUCAACCCCACCUCUGCCCUCCAGCCCUCCCCUCAGUGUUCACCACACCGAUGGCUAUUCCUUUUCUCCAACGGCUCCCACCUUCCCUGGUCUGUGCCCUUUGUCUGUUCUGCCCUCGCCCUCUCUGGGCUCCAGGACAGCCUCGUUAUUCCCUCAGACCGCUGCGUGUUCCUCCUGUACGGUUCAUCAGUUGUAUUUAAGUGAUUGUACGAGUCGUUGUUAAAUGCCUGUCUCCCUUUCCGGACCGUCGGCUCCUCAAAGGCAAGGACGUGCCUGUCUGUCCACUGCUGUGUCCCGCUGCGGCACAGGGCCGGGCGCCCACUGGAGGGCGCUCAUCAGAAGAAAUUAGUCUUUUUUACAUCCUAAGUAUUGAACAGCAAGUGUUGGGUCAGGUAACUACUGGACGAAGGAAGCGGCGGCUUGGCCUAGGGACAUCCGAGGGGCAGGACAGUCGGCCAGGCCGCUGGAAUAAAGUUAUGCUCUGGUGCUCCCAA